UUUAGAUAUUCUUGUUCUUUUUUUUUUUUUUUUUUGCUUGAUAAAUUUAGAUAUUCUUGUUCUUGCGUUAAGACUUUUUUCGAUAUUUUCCCAUCUUUGUCUUCUUGAAGUCUAAUCUAUUGCCUUCUCCUAAAUGUCCUGCUUUUAUCCAUGAGACUCUGUGUCGCGGACUUACGACAGGGCAGAGAUUUUUUCGCGCGCUUUUCAUUUAUUUUUCCCUCUUAAGCUUAAUUCCAGCUAAACUUCGCCGAAUGCUCGCCUCUCACAUGGCUGCCAUGCUUAGACCCAAACUUUGCAAGGGAACGGCCUCUAAAUUCAGAUACGUUGUAUUCAACCAUAUGCAUGCUAGUCGCAUUGUCAAUUCUCACUUUACGCACCGAACAAAGUGGAACGAACACUUCAUGAUCACUCCUGAUGACUUCACUUCGUCCAAGGCCGUCUCGCUCGGGGGAGACUUUGUAGAAAACGGCACUCGAAUCUUUAGAAAAGCGAGUGAGAAAUGGAGUUGCAGGUCUUAUUUUACUGUCAGCUCCAAUGGAGAGCCACCGGUGCUGUGGUCUGGGGAUGGGGUCAAUAUUAGGAUGGGCAACUCGAACUUCAAUGAGGCUCGUGGCGACGGCGAUGGCGGUGAGAGUCUCGGUUCAGGAGGUGAUUCUGGUCCGAAUUCUAAGGAUGAGUUCUCUGGUGGCUCCAAUUUGGGGAGUAAUGUUCCGACGCCAAAGAAAAUUUGCGAAGGACUCGAUAAAUUUGUAAUUGGGCAGGAGACGGCCAAGAAGGUACUUUCUGUGGCCGUUUAUAACCACUACAAGAGAAUUUAUCAUGAAUCUUCUCAAAAGCAGCCUGCAGGAGAUUCAAGUACUAAAAAGGCUGAUGCUGUUGACGAAGAAAAAGUUGAACUUGAGAAAAGCAAUAUUCUUCUAAUGGGGCCAACAGGUUCAGGGAAGACGUUACUUGCCAAAACUUUGGCCCGGUUUGUAAAUGUUCCCUUUGUGAUUGCUGAUGCUACUACAAUAACUCAGGCAAGAUAUGUGGGGGAAGAUGUCGAGUCCAUUUUAAGCAAGCUCCUUAUGGUUGCUGACUACAAUGUGGAAGCUGCUCAACAGGGCAUUGUUUACAUUGAUGAAGUUGACAAGAUUACUAGAAAGGCUGAGAGCAUUAAUAUCAGUAGAGAUGUCUCUGGGGAAGGUGUUCAGCAGGCUUUAUUGAAAAUACUUGAGGGAACAGUUGUCAAUAUUCCUGAGAAGGGAGCUCGAAAGCAUCCCAGAGGUGACAAUAUCCAGAUUGAUACAAAGAAUAUACUUUUCAUCUGCGGAGGAGCCUUUGUAGACUUAGAGAAAACAGUCUCAGAAAGGCGCCGAGAUUCUUCUAUUGGAUUUGGGGCACCUGUACGUGCAAAUAUGAGAAUAGGUGGUGUCACUGAUGCCGCUGUUGCAUCGUCAUUAUUGGAAACGGUUGAAAGUAGUGAUCUUAUUGCCUAUGGUUUAAUUCCUGAAUUUGUCGGGAGAUUUCCUGUUCUUGUCAGCUUGUCAUCUUUGACAGAAAAUCAACUCAUUCAGGUCCUCACAAAGCCAAAAAAUGCCCUUGGGAAGCAAUACAAGAAGAUGUUCCAAAUGAAUGGCGUAAAACUGCAUUUCACAGAAAAUGCCCUAAGAUCAAUUUCCAGAAAAGCAAUAUCAAAAAAUACUGGUGCUCGAGGCUUGCGGUCAAUAUUGGAGAUAGUAUUAGUAGAUGCCAUGUAUGAGAUUCCGGAUAGCAGAACAGGUGAUGGGGUUAUAGAUGCUGUUGUUGUUGAUGAAGAGGCUGUUGGAAGUGGAGCCAAAAUCCUCUACGGUAAAGGUGCAUUGGAUCGGUAUCUUUCAGAACACACAGAUAAUCCAGAGGCCAUGGCAGGUUUAGAUGGAGACAAUGGAGAGGCAGAACUUCCUUCCGUUAUUGCCAGCAUGUAACAUGCCUUGAAGCUUCUGCUGUAUCCCUUGUUGGAGCAAUAUUAACUUGAAAAGUGGAGGAUUUUGACGCUGUGGGUACAGGAAUGCCCUUCAACUCAAACUCAAAAUCUCAUCAUGCCUGUCUUUGCUUGCUCUUACGUUCACGUGUUAUUAUUGUAAUGUCAUGGAAUAGAUGAUGGCAUACAGGCAUUACCAUAAUGAUGUAAAGUGUAAGUGUCUAUUUUGACAAGUCUCCAUGUAUAACGAACUUAUCAUUGUUUUACUAUUUAUAUCUGAAGGCGACAUCAUUCAUCAAGCUUGUCCAAACAAUGUAUUCUUGAAAUUGAAAUGUCAUCGUGGGUUUUUAUUUCCA